UGCAGGAGGUGAGCUUUUUCUGUUGCUUGAAUGGUAGUGGCAGAUGAUUGUUGAAAAAGUUUAAAAAAUAAUGAACAAAUUGUUCCAUUUUGCCCUGUGUCUGUCCUGUAAGAGAACACAGAGGAGGUCAAAAUGUGGUGAGAACAAAAACGUCACACAUGAGGCGCAUUACUGAUGUUUUUACUUUUUAGAUGAUUUCGACGUCGUCUUCUGUUACGCUCUAGGGCUGACGUAUCGAAUAUUUAUGAAUUAACCCUUUUCAUUCGGACAUCAGUAUGCAUACUCUCCAUACUGUUCUCUAUAAAUUUCUCAAGGUGCUGACACGGAGAAAGUGUAACAAUCAAGAGCUUCUUUAGUUGGUGAUAAUUUCCUUUAUUCUCAUGACCUUAAGGUUUGAUUUAGGGGUGAAAUUUACAAUUUUUAAAAAUUGUAUGCAAGCCACUCUUCGAGUCAAAGGGUUAACUUUUGUUUUCCUUUCUUCAGAUUGUCACCGCGGUCAGUCACUGAUUGUGACAGCCAUAUCUGAAGGACGACAAGCGGCUCGUCAAAUUGACCUUGAUUUGAUGGGUGAAACCUCAUUGGCGGGUCCGGGGGGACAGAUACAUGUUAUUCAACCCCGCCCCUCUGGAAUAAAAGCGUCUGCUUAAAAAAAGUUUAACAAAAAUCGCCCAGCAAUUCCUUGCAUGUUGCCGUCACCUAAGCAAGGUUGCAACGGGCUGUUUUUACCCUCUAAACAGAUUGUCCUUUUAACGUAAUUUAGUUUAAAAUUUAUCACGAAAAUAAUUUAUCUCUUUCGAAUUCGAGCAGGAGGUUUUCAAUUUAGAUUUUAACGUGUUAGAGAAAAAGUGUUCGUAGAUUGAAGAAUAAAAAAGUGAGAAAACGUAAAAAAAGUUCUUUACUUAAUGUCGAAGCCAAGAGGACAUUUAUGUCCUUGGUACUGGGAUAUUUAUUUAUGUUAUCUACGCGCCAAUAUUAUCAAUGUUAUUAAUUUAUUUUCUCAAUGAAUGUCACUUAAUAUUAAUAUAUAAAUGUGUUUGAGGCUUAAGACGAAUAAGUUAUCAAUCAUAAAAGUUUUAUGUGCUAGGUCUCGGUUUAAAUUAACUUUUUAUCUUAAUAAAUGAACGGUAUGUGCUUCCAUUCGUGUAAUAGUACAAAUUUAAGUACCUCUCAGAUUAUGAAAGUGUUGGUAGUUAGAGGAACACAGAAUGUUCCGUGGUUUUUUAAAAGUAUUCUUAGAAGUGCUCCGGUGAAGAAAACUGUCUGACGUACCUUAAUUUAAUUGUGCCAUUAUGUCGAGGAGUUUCUUAAAAGGGAUUUGGAAUAAAUUUAGGCAGAAAUGGUGCUACAUUGUUGGUGUUUCACUGUUUUCAGGGAAUGCUCAGUUACAGAUACAGUAAAAUUAUAAAUCUGGCACAGUAACAGUCGAUCGCGGAAAGACAAUUCACUCGCGAAGGAACGUUUUCGGUUGGUCACGCUUGGGACCAAAAAGUUACCUUAGAGUAGUAGAGCCUUGACCAUCGGAUCAGCUUUCCCUUUCUGAUCACCCUCUACAAACGCAGUAUCAAAACGCGAACUUGAAAUUUUUCCUUAAGCUGUCGGAAGUUGUCGUGUUUUUCGUAGUUUACAUCGUUUUUAGACCUGAUUGUGUCUGUUUUGGUUCUUAACUGACGGAAAACUUAUUUUGUUGGGGGGAAACGGGGACGGUAAUGAUAGGGCAGAGAGAGGACUACCAGGACCACCCUGGCUAAAAUGAGAAGCAAAUCAGCUGAUAGGAUCUUUCUCAUCUUUCCGCUCGCCAAGUCAGCAGUUAUUUCAAAAGGACUCGGGAUAACGUUUAAGACAACAGCAACAAUUGAAUUUCUUAAUAUACAUUUUCCGCUCUACAGCACUCUAAUUAAAACUGCAGUUGCACUAGCUGUGGGUGAAACAUUUUUGUAGUGUUGGUCUGAGGAUUAUACCAAAAAUUACCAAAUAAGAGUUCACUUAUGUUUACAGCAGGUUACGCAAAUAGGUUGUUUAGGCGUAGGUGACGUGCUUAUGCAACUAACUGGG